AUGAUGGGUGAAGGAGAAAAGAGGGAUGAGGGAGCAGAGGCUAAGAGUAGAUUAGUUGUUGUUGUAUUGUCGACUGAAUGGUCUAUGCAAAAGACGGUGCUACAGAUACUGAAAAUUCCACUAGAUAAAAGACAGCAGUGUUCAAAUUGGGCAAUAUCUAAUCUAAAUAAAAGUCAACAAGAUUAUGCUGCAUUCGACGUACUCAGUUUGAUAGAUAUUUAUUUAAAGUUAAUUAAAAUCCAUCCAACUUCUAAUCAAUCAAUCUCACUUUCUCUCAAUUCAUUACAAUACGAAAUUUGUGAAAUUUGUGAUUCCUUAUGGGCACACAGAAACAAAUUAAAUAAACAUUUUGAACAAAAUCAUUUAGAUCUUCAACUAUCCAACAACAACAGUUACGAUAAACAAUCACAAGAACAAUGCAAUUUAUUUUCUUCGAAAACAGUUAAAAAACGAAUGAAGUAUUAUUAUUAUGAAAAUGACAAUGAAACAGAUUUACAAAUUGCCACUCAAAAAUGA